GGUGAGAUCAAUAAGGGUGGCGAAUCUGACAGUGGAUAUCGCCCUUAAUAGAUGGUAUUUGUAUAUUUUUAUCGCGACAAGUGCAAUACUAUAAUAUCUGUUUAAUGUCCUGUCUCGGCGACUGCCUGGACAUGGGCCCCCCUCCGGACACCAUACUGUUUAUGCCGCCGCCCCCCGCACCCAUCUUCGUCGUCCCAGACUUGACACCUGUCAACACGACGCACUGUUUCACCGCGCAGAUUUGCGAUCCAACAGUUAUAUGGUCACCGCCUGGAAAGGUAACUGUGGAUCAUGGAGAAUUUCUCGAACUGCCUAGAAAAGAUAUAGAGACUAACUGGAAUGUUUCAGGCAUUGACGAUACCUGGCUCUUGGUUUUAGUAGCUUCAUCAAUUGGUGUUCUUUUAUUAGGAGCUUUGUUAGCAAUGUUCUUACUAAAAUGUCGAGAGAUGAAUAUUUUCGGUGGUACUGAUCACUGUUCGUUGCACAGUCGCGACCAUCAGCCUAUCAAGAACAUCGACCCAAGAGAUUGUGGCGCUUUGACCAGUUUGAACAGUAAAUUGAUCCAUCCCACUGAUACAAACUUUUACAAUGGAAUGUCCAGCAUGCAGGACAAUCGAAUGGUUUGGGCUGCGCUGACGCCCAGAGGAACGCAACACUUUAUUUCCGAGAGUUAUCCAAGGGAUUUGAUAGAUUAUGGUGAACCUGAAGACCACUACGAAACUAUCGAUAGUGUAAAUGCUAAUAGGCAACCAGCAAAUCACAAGGCAAAUUUUGAAGAUUAUUUUUCGCGCCAAAAAGACUAUGAUUACGAAGAUCCCACUCCAUUAAUCGAAAGCUAUCAAAUGAACAGCAUGGAUAAUUUGGAGGAACACCAAUAUCAAGUCAUUGGCUUAUUUUCAGGAAAUACAGAUAUGCGAUGCGCAAACUUCGGUACGAAUUCCCUCAGGAGACCGUUUCCAAUAAUCCAAAGACCAAGAGUUUCGUCUCCUACCAGAAUCGAACACCCCAACCUACCACCCCUCAAUCUGUACCCGCAGAGGAGCAACAACAAUACCCUGAGGAAGACCGCCACAACGAGUUACAGAAACGUUGAUACAGGCGUGGUGCCCAAAUACGGAAUUUAAUUUGAAUUUAUCAGAAAAAAAAAAUGUUUUUUUUGUAUUUUGAAUUUUUAUUGAUAGCAUUUUUUUGGCUCAGAAAAAUAAGUAAACUUAGAGGUGCCAAAAAUAAGUAAAUUAUUAGAAGUAUAAUCUAAGUGUACUUAUUUCUCUGAGAUUCUUAUUCAGCCUGAAUCUAUCUCGAAAAUUCCGCAACAAAAACUCUUUAUGGAAUA